AUGGCUGCCAGUAGUGACUUCUUCCGGGGAAUGUUCACCAGUGGGAUGAAGGAAUCCCAGCAGCCCUGUGUGGCCCUUCCCUUCCUGGAGGCUGCUGAGCUGGAGGCCAUGAUUGGCUGCUCCUACAGUGGGUCCCUCCCCCUCAGCUGGGGGCGUGUCUUUGAGAUUACCUGCACCGCCCUCCAGCUCCAGUUCCAGCCCGCCCUCUCGCUGUGCCUCAACUUCCUGGAACAGGAAAUCGAUGCUCACUCCUGCCUGGACGUGGCCUCCUUCGCUGAGGCUUAUGGGAUGCCGGAACUCCUCGAAGUGGCAAACAGUUUUGUCCUGAGACACUUCCAAAACGUGGCAGCCACCCCUAAAUUUCAAGACCUGCCAGCCAAGAAGCUUAUAAGAUAUCUGAAAAGCGAUUCCCUCUUUUUGCCCUCUGAGCUUGUCGUCUUCAAGGCUGUGGUGGCUUGGAUCGAGGCGUGUCCCAGCAAAAGGCUUAAACUCACCAAAGAGCUGAUGAAGAAAGUUCACUUUCCCCUCAUGAACGUCAAGGAGUUCAAUGAAGUUAAAACCACAAAACUGUGGUCUGAACGCAACACGGAAGGUCUCUACCUGACUAUACUGGAGGACUUUCACUCCCAUCACGUUGCACCUCGAACCCUGUGCAGGGUUUACUUGCCAAAGGACAGUCUAGUCUUGGUGGGUGGAGAUCAGAUCUCUGCCGACUUUAGCCGCCGAUCUCCCAGCCGAGAACUGUGGUUCGGAAACUCUCUGAGGAACUACACAGGCAUUGUAAAGAAUGUGGAAUGGAGGUUGCUUGGAGAGAUGCCAAAGCCACCAAGGCUAAGUCACGAGGUGGCGGUACUCACAGGGAAGUUGUACGUGGUCGGGGGACAGAGUUAUGAAGGCACACUUGAAGUUUUCAACUCGACCUACAGAUAUGAUCCGCUUCAGAACCUCUGGGAGAGGUUGGCUGACUUGCAUAAGACAAGGUGCAACUUUUCCAUGGUUGUGCUGGACAGGAUGAUAUAUGCCAUUGGAGGGGACAUUGAUCCAGAAACUAACCUGGAUAGUGUGGAGCGCUACUGUCCAAACACAGAUACCUGGAGGUAG